AUGACUGCCAAUCAAUGUAGAAGGCCAAAUUUGGAACCCCCGAAAAUCUACGAGACUUUCUCUCUUUGCUCUCUGCGGGCGGAUGCUCAACUUGGGGAUAAUAGGUUGCUAGAUGCCAUCGAACGAUGUUGUACAACUCCCAUAAAAGGGUUCCAGUGUUGGAACUACUGCGAAGUCGAGCAAUCGAUGUUUCCAACUUGGCUUGGUUGUGUUCAAGAAACACUGAACUCCACAUGGGGAACAGCUUGUCAAAGUGCCGACCAGUCACCAAUCCUCACAGAAACUGCACCAUAUCCAACGUCAUUUACCAAUCCACCGCCUCCAUUAACAAUGAAGACUAGUGAUAACGCAGCCACAAAUACCUCUGCCACAUCAUCGUCAAUAACUGGUGCCAAGAACGCGACCACAAGUACCUUCGUUAUAUCAGCUUCACCAACCGAUGUCAAAAACAGCGGGUCAACAAAGACUUUGGAGCUGUCCAUGGGUGGUAUAAUGUGUGCAUUCCUGGUACUUUCAGCUCUUGCUUUAUAA